UUUGCCUUCGCUUCCCAGACGCAAAACGCAGACGCACCCAAUAUCAAAACUGCUUCCUCUCUUCUUCUCUCUCUCUCUCUCAGAUCGAUUUUUUUGGGUUUUUCCGAUCAUUCAACGGUAAUCUCCGCCGUUUAUUUCAUCAACGGAGGAGGAUCUAAUCUCCGUGGUUUACAAUAGGUGACUGUUGUUACUGCGUGAGGACGUAUACAAGUUGUUUGCAAGUUUUGUGUUUAAGUUAAAGCAGCGUAUUGGAGAAUAAUAGAGAUUAUGGGUUCAGUUUGUUGUGUAGCUGUGAAAGACAGAAAGGUUCCUCCUAGUAGUGGUGGACCUGCCAGUGCGUCUGUUCAUCGGAACUCAGUUUGUUCGCCGCAGUGGAGUUUCCGGCGUGACAAUAGGAGGCGAGUGGCUGAUGAGAUUGAGGGUUCACCUUAUUACAGUUCGUUUGUUGGGAGUAGAGGUAUUAGUAUGGAUAAGAUGUCAUUAGGGUCUGAUAGAGGAACUUUAUCUGAGGGAGGAACUCCUCCUGAUGGGCAUUUAGGGACUCCUGCCUCUCACAAAUCAGCAACUCCAGAGAUGAGCACUAAUUCGAUGGUUCCACCUUCUUCAGGUUCAUCCUUGGCAAGCAGUGAUCUCAUUGAGGUGAAGAAUUUCAUUGACUCACCUGGAAUUGUCCCAUCAGCUUUACCGAAACCUUUGUUCUCUACGCCUUCUCUUCCCAAUCCAGUCGGUGAUCUUUCCUCGACGCACACGCGUUUGCUUCCUCCUAGAUCUACACCAUCAAGACGGGCUCGGCGUUCACCUGGGCACCAGUUGUUUAGGCAGGUUUCUGAUAGUCAAAUUUUAGGAUUGAAAUCCCCAAAUAACAAUUACUCAGUCUCAGAAGGAAGGUCAUCUUUUGUGCUUUCGACCUGUAGCAAUGACUUCGCCACUGGAUCCCAAUACGCAUCCUCUGAAGGUGGUUGGUCUGUGAACACUUUUUCUGAGCUUGUGGCAUAUUCUCAAAGGGAGAGAUGGUCCUUUGAUAGCGAACACUUGGGUUCUGGCAGACGGAAACUAAGUGGUGGUAGCAGCAGAUUCUCCUUCUCCCCUUCCGUUGUUGAUCAGCAGACUUGUGGAGCUUGCUCAAAGUUACUGACCGAGAGGUCCACUAUUGCCAAUUUCGAGCUCCCAAUUGCUGCUGUUCUUGCUUGUGGCCAUGUUUACCACGCAGAGUGCUUAGAGACCAUGACUACUGAAAUAGAGAAGUACGAUCCUGCCUGUCCCAUAUGCACGAUUGGGGAGAAACGGGUUGCGAAAAUAACAAGGAAAGCCCUAAAAGCAGAGGCGGAAGUGAAGGCGAAACAGUACAAAAGAUGUAAAAACCGGGUGGUAGAUAGUUACGGUGAAAGUGAAUGUGAUGAUUUCGAGUUCCAGAAAAUGGGAAAACGAGAAGGCGAAGCGCUCAAGCUGGAACCUAGUUGCAGUAGCAAGAGCUCGUCUAAUAAGUCAUUCUUGAAAUGGCACUUCGCUUCUAUCAGCUCCAAGUGGAGUAAACCCUCGUCCAAAGACUCUGCAUUGAAGAAGGGGUUUUGGUCUAGACAUCGUAAUAACCGUUCUUCAUCAAGCAUAGAGGGACUUAACCAGACAUCGCAGCUAUGA